AUGCACUGCCUCCUCGCCAUUCUUUUGUUGACCGGAAAUGAAGCGAUACGCAACGAUCGUCUAGCUAUCAUGAAUCUCGGUCGAACUAACGAGAAUUAUCAAAUUUAUGAUCCUAGAGGAAAACAACAGUUCCGAGGCGUCGAAAGCGGCAGUGACGUGAUGAUGGCCACGAGCCACACUGUCGGUCCCGGCACAUACUUGACAGUUUAUUGUUCGCCCUCACAAAGCUUUGAAGAGUUAAAGGAUUAUGCUACCGAGGGCGCCGAACCGCUGCAGAAUCUGUCCGGGCUCGGCUUUCACCAGGACAUUGCAGAAGAAGUCGAUUGCCUCAAUACUAUCCAACAAAGAUUCAAAUUAGCAUGGAAUAGAAUAGGAAUUCACAUUAAUGAGCUCCUUAAUACCAAGAGAUGCAGUAAAAGUGCAAUUUACAGUCUAGGCUUACGCAAUGAAUUUUACAUUAUGAGUGUGAUAGGCGAAACACUCACGCUCCACAAUAAAAAUCAGAUGGCAGUGAUAACUGAUAAUCGUUAUGAUAUGUCCGAUGUAGUUCUGAACGGCAAACUAGCUUGCCGACUGAAAUAUCCGAGUUAUGAUAGAGGGCUGGCGUGGCAUCAAGGCUAUUUGAAUAUAUUUCAAAAACAAUAUCCGAAGAAUGUAUGGUAUCCAAUGAAACGAACCAUGCAGGGCUUAGCAGAUUACGCGUACAUCAUUGACUUUAUAGGCAAUCUUUAUGUUGAGAUUGACUUGAUCAGGGACAAAAUAUUGGGCGGUGGACUCGUGCCUGGUCCUCCAUCAAUGAGUUAUCGAAGUUUUGGCAGUAGUAAGUACCCCACUUUACAACAAACUAUUCAAGAGCUGCUACAAAAACUUGGCGAUAAAAACUUGCGCCUUGUCGAGUCUGAUGUAGAAGGAUCUAUUGGUCCAUUUGUGGGUGGGGAAAAGAGGUGA